GAAUCUAGAUUUUUGACUCACAGUUUAAUGCUUGUUCCAUUUUGCAGGCUUCUAUUUUUUUAAAGUGUUGUAAUACUUUUAAAGCGCUUAGCACAGAGCCUAGUGCAUAGUAAGUGCUCAAUAAAUGUUAGCUAUUAUCACAUAAAAUUUUUAUAAAACCAAACAAUAAAAUAUCUUUAUAUUUUCUCAAAUUAACUUCCCAAAUUGUUAAAUAUUAGUAUGAUUUUAUCAUCUCUGUUAAUGUCAGAUCUGUUGAUCUCCCAUUUCUGUUAAUGUAAUCUCUGUUAAUAGAAGAAGGGAAUUAAAAGUAUUAUAAAUUCCCAUCAGACAUUAUAGGAUAAUUGAAUAACUGAAGAAGACAUCUGAUGACUAUCUUAACCAGUUUCAAGUAAAAAUCAAUAAUUUGAUUUGGAACUCUCCCAGUAUAAUGAAAAGCAAAGUUUUGAUAGGUAUCAGAAUAGUUUGUCAUAACACUUUACCUUCCAAAUUGAUUCGAAGUGGGAGGAUGAAAUUUAUUUCAUAUACAAACAUGGUUUCCGUUUACUUUUUUCUGUCUAUCUUUUGUGGCUUUUCUCUUUUUUGCUAUGGAACACAAUUUUGUUAAUAUAGAAUUAGUAGAUAAAAGUUACUCUGUAUUAACAGUUUCUCCAAUUAAACCAAGAAAUGUAUUUUCAAAGCUUAUUACAUAAAAAAAUUGUUUAUCUACAAAUAUUUAUCCUAGUUGUUGAAGGACUGUUAUUAGCUAGUAAUUUAUUCUGUUUACCCUGUGUUUUAGUAUGGCUUUCACCCUUCUGGUAACCCUCAGUAUAGACAUAUCUAGCUAUUUUAAAGCUACCUUUUAUUUCUUUAGAGCAACUGCAGAGAACUUACUUUAUCUUUUGGAAGACCACCGUUUAUCACAGCAGAAAGUAGAUAUGGAUUGGAGAAAAAUUGUAUUUGAGAAACUAAGGUUAUUUUGUAAAGGAUAAUGGCAAUUACUAUAGUUAUAAUUAGCUAUCUGGAUUUUUUAAAAUUCUGGUCUAAUUUUUUUAACCUACAAAUGUGAAAUUCUAACUGGGCUAAGAUAUGGAAUGGGUUAGGUUUGAAAUGCAGUUAUAUCAUUGGUAUGACAGACAUUUAUGUUUUUGUUUUUAAGGACAUACAAAGAUUAAUACAUGAGGAAAUUUAUUUUCAUUAGAAAAAGAAUUUUUAAGGUACUUACUAGUUUAAAAAGAAGCCAUGUAUGGCAAACAUUUUCCACUGGAGUUCAGUAUAUUAAAUAGCUAUAUUCCUGUAACAUUGGUGAAGCAACAUUUUGAAUGUAUGGCUUACUCUUUUAAAGUGACAUUUUAAGUAUUAGAGUACAGAAAAAUUGAACCUUAGAUCAACUGGAACUGUAAUAUUUCAGGUCAGGGUGUAAUUAUUUUUUUCCAAGAUAUUGAUCUAGAAGCUAUAACUAGUGGAAGAAGAAAGAGUCUAGGUUGCCAAUUUCUGUCUGUUAGGACAGACCCAAGAAAGCCAAAUAGGUCAUUCGGCUGGUAGGUAAUCUGAACAAACACCUUGUCAGACAGCAGAACACAAGCUACCAUGUGGGUCUUGAGGGUUAAGGUUUUAAUAAUUUAAGUCAGAAUGACAAAACUUAAGGGACUGAGUUGAAUGAAAGAUGGAGAGAUAAGGAAUUAGUAGGUGAGUGUAGAUUAGAGAUAUUAUUCUUAUGGCAACUUACUGUAAUUGCACAUUGAGAUUGGUUUAACUAAAAGUUCGUUUCCCAAGUGCAUUGAGUACCACUAUCAAUUCUGUUCAGUUGGCAAACUUUAAUUGUAAUUUGUGCCAUUAAAAUGUGAGAUCUACUAUCUAUUGUGUGUUCUUGAUGGUUAGAAAGGUUAGAGGUGGAAGAGAUACAGAAGGAAGAGUGCCCUCUCUAAGAGUCACUGAGAUUAAACAAGAAAGGGAGUUCGUCUUGGAAUAGAUACAGAAGUGCUUAAACUUAGAUUUGGCUAGAUUUGGGUGGAAGUGAUUAUGCAGUGCCAUGAAGUAGCCAGAAAAUACUGGAACAGAGACUUGUAUGGUCUUCGGUUCUAGUAUAGUAUGAUUGUAUCCAAAUAUGUAAGAGACUUUUCAUCCAAGAAUUCACGUGAAUACUGUACAUGGAAUGAUAACUAUAGAAACCAAUGAACAUACUCUUGUAUUCAAGUUGCAUAAUGUUUCCUAUUUGUUAUAUUUAAGCGUGUGAUAAGCUUUCAGGUGAAUUAAGUCCUCACUUAACGUAAGUUUUUUUGAAACUGCGACUUGAAGCAAAACUACAUAUAACAAAACCAAUUUUUUGUUCUCAUCAACAUUACAAUGGAAUGAUGUUGAAUGAAACAACACUAUUCAAGGACCUGCUGUAUGUUUUUUUGCCUAAAAUCACAGUUUCCAAGAAUGAUCAGUGGCAUUAAGUGAAGACUUACUGUACACCUUAUGGGCUUCAAGAUCCAUGAGCUCCCUUAAGCUGUCUCCUAGAUUAGAAUCAACAGAGAACCAGGAAUUAAUUUCUUCUGGAUAGUUAAAGCAUUGGAAUUAAGUGGUUGAUAGUUGCAUUUACCUUUUCUUAGUUACCAACAGGAUCUAGGGCCUUGUAAGAUUGGAGAAAAAGGAAACUGUCAUUUACUGAGUGCUUUCUAUGUGCAUAUUAUCUUACAGGUACCUAGCUUAUCAAAAUAUCUGGGUGAAUUCAUUGUACAAAUUUGUGUCUGAAUUCUCUGAGGACCCAGGCAUCUAGUUGGAAGAGGAGCUAAAUCUAUCUUUCUAAGUUCUGGACUCCUAGCUUGAGAACAAUGACAUAGUCUCAUGCUUACAGCAGACAUUUCUUUGGCCUCCUGCUUUAAGAACACCUAUGUGAAAGCUACUUGCUUCAUAGAGAACCCAGAGCACAGGUGGGAUGGUUCAGAAGUGAUGCUAUCAGCUAUGUAAAUAGGUGCAUGACAUAUUUUGGUUGCUUUCGGAAAUUGUAGGACCAUUGAAUAGAUACUAAAUGCUUAGUAAUAAGUACAGAGUGCUCUAGGAUUUCUUGCUGUUUUGAACACAUGUUUUAUAGUUGGGGAAGAUAGGACAUAUUUAUAUGUAAAAUAUUAAAAAACAGCCUGUGAUGCUAAUACAUAGAUUAAAAGAUACCAUGUGCAGAAUGGUGUAGACAGACCUUUAGGAAGCAAAUUCUGUCUAUACCAUUCUCCUUGAGGAGAACCAGAAAAAAAAAAAAAAAAAAAAGAAGGUAAGCUAUAGUGGUAUGGAAAAGCUUCAAAAAGGAGGUAGGAAUUAAAGUUGACAAAUGCUUAUCGGUCCCUACCAUACAUGUUGUGCCAUUCUAGAUACUGCAGAUGUGUGGUAGAAGAGAUCAUCCUCAUUUAUGCCAUCUCUGCGUAGUGUACCUACUGCUAUGGUGUUGCUGCAUUAUUUAUUGCAUGUCUUCAUUGCCUUUGUAUCCUCUGUACUUUGCAUAUGACAAGCACUCAGUAAAUCUUGAAUGCAUGAUGAACAAGAGGCAGUCUCAUAUAAUCUAGUAGGAUAAGUACACAAAUGAUUUUACUAUGUAGUAGAGUAAGAAGUUCAAGGUUAUUUGGAUAUUUCAGAAGAGAUAGGGCACAUUCAGGAUGGUACGGCUGUAGACUAUUUGGAUAUUUCAAAGGCAGGAGUAAUCACGUAUCUUGGAAAAUGAUUAGGAAAAGAAUUUACUGAUGAGAUUAUAUUUGGGAUUAGCAUUGAACGGACUGUGAGUAAAGUUGUUUUAGCAGUGGGAAUAACAUCCACAGCAUGGGAUAGAUUUAGGAAUGGCCUGCUUUAUCAAGACUGGAGAAACCUGUUAGGCUGUUACAUUGAUUCAGCAAGAAGUACAGUCUUCACAUUUCUGAGGGAUUUAUUUCAAGAUCAUUGCUACUUUUCAAGUUAAAGAACACAGCUAUAGAAUAACAUUUUCCACCAUAAAACAUCUUUUUUGUGUGUGUGAAAACCAUCACUUCAUUAGACUGUCUUAUUUUAUCUUCACUUUUGGUACCACCUGUUGGCUUUCUUGUCAUAGGUAUGUCACACAAACACACACACACAGAGAGAGAGAGAGAGCGAGCUAAUAUUUAUUGAAUAUUAUUUACUGUGUAUCAGAUGUGAUUUUAAGUAUUUAUGUGAAUUAACUCAUUUAACCUUCACAACAGCUCCCUGAGAGGUUAAGGAAUUUGCUCAAGGUUACACAGAUUGUAAGUAGUAGAGCCAGGAUUAUAUUACUUUGUAAGAGUAACUAUGUGAACAUGAGCUGAAAACAUCAGUUUCUUUGAAACCUGAAUGCCAUGACCCUAGAAAGCCAUUUGUACAUAGUAGAAACUACCAGUGUUAAAUCCACAGGUGCCAAGAAUCUGUUGAAUUAAGACAUUAUGAUAGAAUGUAUUCUAAUAAUUAUGUAUUUAUUGGGUGCCUACAAUGAAUGAGGUAUUAUUUCAAGAUAUAAGUAGGAAUAUAGCAAAUAACAAAUGUCCUGUUUUUAUGGAGAGAGGGAGAGAGAAUGUUACUAAUACUGCAGUAGUCCAGGCAAAAAAAAAAAAAAUACGAUGACUUGGACUAGUGGAGGUGUUGAGAAGUGAUCAGAUUUGGUACAUUUUGUAGAUAGAGCUAAUGGGACUUGAUGAUAUAGGAGUGAAAGAAAGGGAUCAAGAAUGAUUUCUAAGGUUUCAGACCUGCAAACCUUUGUGAAUGAGUGCCACUAAUUUAGAGCAGAAAUUUAGGUUGAGGGAGUGUAGAGUGUACUUGGGAGAUCCACAGAGCUGUUCCACAGGUAAAGAUUCUGUGGCACUCCUCUAAAGAUCCAGCCAGAUAUUGAGACUCUCAGCUGAUUCGAGCACAGCAGCCACUUCUCAUAGUUGUUGAAGCCACUUAGCUCCAUCCAUGUUUCUUGUCUCAUACAUUCUUAGCACCUAGAAGGCAAAGUCUGUUCCUCCUCCAGGUAUAUAACUUGUCCUUAUUUUCAUAUAUCUUGUCAUUCUCUCAGACUAAACUAUUGUAACAUUUAUACCCACCUGACUCCCCACCACUGCCACCACCAAACACCUGGCUAAGUCUCAUACGUUAUUUAAUUCAUAUACUAUCUUCUGUCUCCUCCAGGAAAAUUUUUCUGCUCCCAGACUCACUCUAUUCCCAAGUCUGAGUUAGUGUGGUCCCUCCUACAAGCGCUCAAGCACUCCAUGUCUAAUGCAUGUAAACACCUUGGUCAUAGCACUUAUUUAUUUUUAAGUAGUCUUUUGUAUCUCUAGAACAAGAGAAGGGAAAGUAUUCUUGGUGAGGAGUUAGAUAUGAGUAGUAAAGGACAGAUUGGAGGAAAGGAAUAGAGAAAGAAGAAAGAAGAUUAUAAAUCAGAUAUGUAGUGUGUAAACAGAGUAAAAUGUCUGUUAACGUUAGAAAACAUCUUUGGGUCUUGACAGAAUUUUAAUACUCUAGAACAGUGGUUCUCAACCCUGACUGCACCCAUAGAAAUACCUGGGGAAUUUUAAAAAUUCUACUGCCAUGAUUGCCCAAAAUCACAAUUGCUGGAGAGGAGACCCAGACAUUAAAGUUCCCUGGAUGAUGCAAACAUUAUUAACUACCAUUAAAAAAUGGAAAAUGAUAUUGGUUGCAAAAAAGGCAUUGAAAUAGGAGUCAAGAAAUUGGAUCAUUGUCUUUAAUGCCUCAUUACUUGUGAUCUUGAGCAAGUCACUUUUAAUGCCUAGUGUGAAUUCUUUAUCUGUAACCUACUUGGAUAAUCUCUGGAGUCUUUUCUAUUCUAAAAUACUUUGAAUUUAAUGAAGAAAAUUGCAUAAGGAAAUAAUUUUACAGGGAUUGUUAACCAGCUAAGUGCAAGACAGGUUGAAGGUAAGAAGCCAUUGAGAUAAAGCACCAUUCAGAACUGUUGUCCUUUUUAGUAUGGGCAUGCCAGUGGGUUCCUAGAGGAAGCUGGCUGCUUUGCAAAUGGAAAAGGGGACACUUUAAGGCAUCAGUUAAGGACUACUCUGUCCUGCCCCUAUAAAGAUUUUAGGGUACUUUAUUUAAGUAUGAAUAUUCAGGGAUUUGGUUGCUAUGAUUUUAUUUUUUUCGUGUAACUUAAUAUUUUUUAUUUCUAGCAAAAGAUUGAAUAAAGAAUGACAUAUUUUGCCAUAAGUGUUUAAGGGAUGUGCUGUUAAUCAGUUUGUGCAGUGGAAAUAAUUAAUGGAAUAAUUUCUUAGAUCAUAUUCUUUAAGGGUUUCUGAAAAAUGAUCAAUAAGGAAUUUGACUAACACUCUGCCAGAUAAGAGGUAGGAAUCUAUUUAGAAUAUGUUCGUAUAGUCCUCCUAAUAUUGUGUUGUUAUUAUCAGUUGUUAGAUUGAAAGAAAAAUUUGACUCAGAAUUAUAACCUUUUAAACUUUUUUUUAAAAUUUGUUUUUAUUCUUUGCAAAAAGGUGAUAACCUUUUUUAUAAGAUGAUUAUAAGAAGGAAGUGAGAGGAAGUAGUAUAGUGCUUUGUUGAUAAGUGCCCAAUAAAUUUUAAUUUUACUGUCCUUCCAGUCACCUGCUCAUAUACAAGCUUAUUUAUACAUAUUUAUAUUUUUGCCUGUUUUAGUUUUUUUAUACCAAGAAAAACUCCUUGAGUUCUUCCCAUUUUUCUUUUUCUUUUUUUCAGCUGUAUGUCCUAUUCUUGGCAUAAUAUUUUAGAGAUGAUUUUCUGUGAUUGUUUCUAAUUAUACUAGUGAGAGAUUAGAUUUUUUUCCCCUUGACCCUAUUCAGUUGUGUUAGUUUGAUUCAAGCAACUCAAAGUUAAUUACUUAGUAUAUUUAGUUUCCAAAAAACAAAUCUUUAUAUAUACCUUUCCAGUGCCAUUAAUUCUUUAUGUUUUAAAGAAAUUCAGUUUUUAAAAUAAAUUUAAAGUAACAAUUAUUAAGUAUUCAGGGGUUGAUGAUCCAAUUUGAAGUGACGUAUUCUUUUUUUAUCUUUUUAUACUACAACAAAAUUAAACUUGACUUUUUGAAUUUAUUAGCUGUUUUUGUGAAGAUUAAUUUUAGAAAGCUAAAAUUAAACACUGAAAGUAAGUUACUUUAUUCCAUACGGUCUCUGUCCAGUUUUAGCACUAAAAUCAGUUCAAGGAUGCCAAUCCCUAAUUGACCAAAUAGCCUUACCAUUCUUGUUUUCUUCUCCAAAUUUGUUUUUUUGCUGGUCAGAUAAUUUCCAAUCUCUAAAAUAUUCCUGAAAUUAUAAAUUUUUAUGAUACAGCAUAGAAUAAUAUGUAUGUGGAGACUUGAAGGAGUCAAAUCUCAAUGAGCCUUUUGUAGGGCUUAACGAUUAUUAAAAGGGGGCCAAAAAGGCACUAAUUUUUGGAAAGUGUAUGUUUGUUUAUGGUGGUGAAUGUGUAGAGAGGGUGAAAAGUAAAGGAAAAGUAAAACAGGAAGAAAGAAAACUGAUAGGUAUGAAGAUGAGAGAGAAAGAAAAUGGAAGAGAGCAAGACGUGGAGAUUUAGAAAAAAAGUUGAGGGAAACGUAUUCAAAAGGGAAAAAGAAAGCAGGGGGAAAAUACAUUAGAGGUGUUGAAAUUAGGCAUUCACAGGAGUGCUAAUCAAGAGUUCCGUUGGGCUCCUGUCUUGCUGCUAUUAAAGGGCAUUAGGAGCUAAGAGAUCUAAAUUCUAGUCCUAGUUCUUUGUGUUGCCAUGGAGAAGUCAGUUAACUUACAUGAGGCUCAGUUUCCUUACCUGUGUGUAAAAUGGGAACAUUGAACUAGGUGAUCUUUAAGAUCCUUCUGGCUCUAAAAUUGUUUGACAUUAUCUUGGUGGUCAGUAACUGUGAGAAACACAUUCCUGAGGAAAAUUUGCAGCUAUAGCUGACUUCAGGACAGCAUGUUUAGGGAGUAGAAUGUGCACUAGGCCUUCCAAUGAGGGGGAUGAGCAACAAUACCCCUCAGUUAAAUCGCAGCUUAUCACAAGGCACUCAGUUACCGAGCCACGUCACGCCAACAACAGGGGUACCAACAAUGUCACUUCACACGCCUCCAUCUCCAAGCAGGGGUAUUUUGCCUAUGAAUCCUAGGAAUAUGAUGAACCACUCCCAGGUUGGUCAGGGCAUUGGAAUUCCUAGCAGGACAAAUAGCAUGAGCAGUUCAGGGUUAGGUAGCCCCAACAGAAGCUCGCCAAGCAUAAUAUGUAUGCCAAAGCAGCAGCCUUCUCGACAGCCUUUUACUGUGAACAGUAUGUCUGGAUUUGGAAUGAACAGGAAUCAGGCAUUUGGAAUGAAUAACUCCUUAUCAAGUAACAUUUUUAAUGGAACAGAUGGAAGUGAAAAUGUGACAGGAUUGGACCUUUCAGAUUUCCCGGCAUUAGCAGACCGAAACAGAAGGGAAGGAAGUGGUAACCCAACUCCAUUAAUAAACCCCUUGGCUGGAAGAGCUCCUUAUGUUGGAAUGGUAACAAAACCAGCAAAUGAACAAUCCCAGGACUUCUCAAUACACAAUGAAGAUUUUCCAGCAUUACCAGGCUCCAGCUAUAAAGAUCCAACAUCAAGUAAUGAUGACAGUAAAUCUAAUUUGAAUACAUCUGGCAAGACAACUUCAAGUACAGAUGGACCCAAAUUCCCUGGAGAUAAAAGUUCAACAACACAAAAUAAUAACCAGCAGAAAAAAGGGAUCCAGGUGUUACCUGAUGGUCGGGUUACUAACAUUCCUCAAGGGAUGGUGACGGACCAAUUUGGAAUGAUUGGCCUGUUAACAUUUAUCAGGGCAGCAGAGACAGACCCAGGAAUGGUACAUCUUGCAUUAGGAAGUGACUUAACAACAUUAGGCCUCAAUCUGAACUCUCCUGAAAAUCUCUACCCCAAAUUUGCGUCUCCCUGGGCAUCUUCACCUUGUCGACCUCAAGACAUAGACUUCCAUGUUCCAUCUGAGUACUUAACGAACAUUCACAUUAGGGAUAAGCUGGCUGCAAUAAAACUUGGCCGAUAUGGUGAAGACCUUCUCUUCUAUCUCUAUUACAUGAACGGAGGAGACGUAUUACAACUUUUAGCUGCAGUGGAGCUUUUUAACCGUGAUUGGAGAUACCACAAAGAAGAACGAGUAUGGAUUACCAGGGCACCAGGCAUGGAGCCAACAAUGAAAACCAAUACCUAUGAGAGGGGAACAUAUUACUUCUUUGACUGUCUUAACUGGAGGAAAGUAGCUAAGGAGUUCCAUCUGGAAUAUGACAAAUUAGAAGAACGGCCUCACCUGCCAUCCACCUUCAACUACAACCCUGCUCAGCAAGCCUUCUAAAAAAAAAAAAAAAAAAAAAAAAGACUUCCCUUUUCUUGGGGUAUGGCUGUCUCAGCACAAUACUCAACAUAACUGCAGAACUGAUGUGGCUCAGGCACCCUGGUUUUAAUUCCUUGAGGAUAUGGCAAUUGGCUUAUGCAAAGGGUCACCAUUUGAGGUCCUGCCUUACUAAUUAUGUGCUGCCCAACAACUAAAUUUGUAAUUUGUUUUUCUCUAGUUUGAGCAGGGUCUGAAUUUUUUCAUUUAUUUCCUUUUUUGCCAGCAGACAGACUUGAGUCUGUAAAGACAAGCAAAUACACUGACAGAAGUUUACCAUAGUUUCUAAAAUGUAAAAAAGAAAACCCACAAAAGACUCAAGAAAAUUAGACCACAAAUUUUACAUUGUUCAUUGUAACACUAUUGGUAAUAAAAUAACAAAUGUUUGUGCAUUUUUAUGUGAAGAUCCUUCUCGUAUUUCAUUUGGAAAGAUGAGCAAGGUCUGCUUCCUUCAUUUUACUUCCCCUUCUGUUUUUGAAAGGCAGUUUCGCCAAGCUUAAUGCAAGAAUAUCUGACUGCUUAGAAGAAAGAUAUUGCCACAAUCUCUGGAUGGUUUUCCAGGGUUGUGUUAUUACUGAGCUUCAUCUUUCCAGAAUGAGCAAAACACUGUCCAGUCUUUGUUACGAUUUUGUAAUAAAUGUGUACAUUUUUUUUAAAUUUUUGGACAUCACAUGAAUAAAGGUAUGUAUGUACGAAUGUGUAUAUAUUAUAUAUAUGACAUCUAUUUUGGAAAAUGUUUGCCCUGCUGUACCUCAUUUUUAGGAGGUGUGCAUGGAUGCAAUAUAUGAAAAUGGGACAUUCUGGAACUGCUGGUCAGGGGACUUUGUCGCCCUGUGCACUAAAAGGGCCAGAUUUUCAGCAGCCAAGGACAUCCAUACCCAAGUGAAUGUGAUGGGACUUAAAGAAGUGAACUGAGACAAUUCACUCUGGCUGUUUGAACAGCAGCGUUUCAUAGGAAGAGAAAAAAAGAUCAAUCUUGUAUUUUCUGACCACAUAAAGGCUUCUUCUCUUUGUAAUAAAGUAGAAAAGCUCUCCUCA